UCCGGUUAGUCGCAGCAGUUCGGCCAAGCGGCGAGAAGAAGAAGGCGCAACCGGAUCCGUUCGGCCGUUUAAUGUGGAAAAAUGGGGGCCUGUAUGGCUUUGUGUUCCUUGGCCAGCUGUGCCUCCUGUCUGUGUGGCUCAGCCCCCUGCCUGGUGUGCGGCUGCUGUCCGUCCACCAAUAACUCCACCGUGACGCGGCUGGUUUUCUCUUUCUUUCUGCUUCUGGGAACGAUGGUGUCCGUCAUCAUGAUCCUGCCUGGGAUGGAAACGCAACUCCGUAAAAUCCCAGGAUUUUGCCAGGGAGGAACGACCAUAUUUGGUAUUGAGAACCAGGUCCAGUGUGAUGUCAUCGUGGGCUACAAGUCUGUGUAUCGCAUGUGCUUUGCCAUGGCCUGCUUCUUCUUUCUGUUCUCGGUUAUAAUGGUUCGCGUCCGGAGCAGCAGAGACCCGCGAGCAGUGAUUCAGAACGGAUUCUGGUUCUUUAAAUUUCUCAUCCUGGUUGGGAUCACAGUGGGAGCGUUUUUCAUCCCGGACGGCACAUUUCAUACAGUGUGGUUUUACUUUGGAUUGGUAGGAUCCUUCAUCUUCAUUUUGAUUCAGCUUAUUCUCCUGAUUGACUUCGCCCACUCGUGGAAUAAGAUCUGGGUUGGAAAUGCUGAGGAAACCCAGAACAAAGGCUGGUUUGCAGGGCUCUUGUUUUUCACUGUCCUCUACUAUGCGCUGGCAUUCGCUGCGGUGGUGCUCUUCUACAUUUACUACACGCAGCCAGACGACUGCACCGAGCACAAGGUCUUCAUCAGCCUCAACCUCAUCUUCUGCAUCCUCGUUUCUGUUGUGUCCAUCUUACCAAAGAUACAGGAUGCUCAGCCACACUCUGGUCUCCUCCAGGCAUCCCUCAUUUCCCUUUACACCAUGUAUGUCACUUGGUCUGCAAUGACCAACAAUCCAAAUCGUAAAUGUAACCCGAGCUUGUUGAGUCUGGUGUCGCACGUCAACACCACCGAACCGACUGUCGGACCAUCGGGCUCAGGACACGUGCAGUGGUGGGAUGCUCAGGGCAUCGUUGGUUUGAUCAUCUUCCUCUUCUGUACUCUCUAUGCCAGUAUCCGCUCGUCCAGCAAUGCUCAGGUGAACAAGCUGAUGCAGACAGAGGAGGGCACGGGGUCCAGUGGAGAGGGCGUGGUGGGGGAGGACGGCGCGCGCAGGGCCGUCGACGACGAGGAGGACAGAGUCACUUAUAGCUACUCCUUCUUCCACUUCCACCUCUUCCUGGCCUCGCUCUACAUCAUGAUGACGCUGACCAACUGGUACCAACCAGACACCAGCACCCAGGCCAUGCAGAGCUCCAUGCCGGCUGUGUGGGUGAAGAUGUGCUCCAGCUGGCUGGGCCUCGGCCUCUACCUCUGGACCCUCAUCGCCCCUCUUAUCUUCCCCGACAGGGAUUUCAACUAAGCACACGGCGUCCCUGAGCUGUGUUUGUCCUCCUUGCACAUCAGAAAGUUCCUAAGACGCUAUAAAACGGGAUCUAAAAAGGGUGAUAUGAAGACUGAAAUAUCUUCUUUUUUUUUUCUUUUUUUUUAGGUUUGCUGUCCCUUUUUUGUGUUAAGUUGUUAAACAGCUUCUGCUAAUUGUAAUCAUUACAGAAGUGUGAUGCUUUACGCUGAUUUAUUUUUUUAUUUUUUUGACUUCCACUCUUUCUUUUUUUUUUUGUUGUUGUUGAUGUGAUGGUGAACCAUCUUUCUUUUGUGUUAUUAUUUUGGUGUUGAAUUUUCUGCACUCAUGAACUCCUCAACUACGCACUUUCAGUAACUCAGACGUUUCACUCAUAGACUCUCUGUCAAAAGCCUUUCUGAUCAGACAUCUAUGGUCGGCCACGUCUGGAAAACCCCUGACUAUCUGUUUUCCCUGGCUGCACAGAGAGAGAGUGGGGGGGGGAAUUAGGGGAGCCCUGCUAUGGAGCCCCACAGUGAGGUGAGUGUGAGAGCUAGAUAAGCCUAAUAGGACACACCCUGCAGAUGGAAUCAGGGCUUCCCUGGUGCUGCUCAGCUGUACGCAAAGCCACGUCACUGCAUCCUAAGCUGCUAAUAGAGCGCCGGGCUGAUAUUAGCUCUUCCUCCUUCCUCGUCUGCUCUAAUUUGGGACGGUUUAUUCCCGGUGCUAAGCUCCCACCCCACCGUCGGACAGCCACAGGGCCGCAAUCUUUACCUUUAAUUGCAGUCUGCAGCAGGGGAACUUUUAUUGAUCCACAGCUAAUCAGCACCAUGCAGUGGGCUCAGCAUCACGGCCCCAGCAAGCUGCAGCAUUAACUCAACACUACUACUUUUUUUUUUUUUUUUUUUUUAUAAAUGCCAUAUGUUUGCCAGGAAUAACUAAAUAGGACUUUUUAAUGUUAUAAUGUACAAAGAGAAGUAAUGCAUUUCAAAAGUGAUGGAAUCGCUGUUAAAUCGUAUUGACUUUCAUAGUGAUUGGAUGGCUGUAAUGCUGGUACGAUACUUAUGCAUCAUGUAGUUACCUCAUUUAUAAUGUGAUUUGAAAUGGGAAUAAAAUCAGUAUGUUUUGCACUUGUCAAGGCAGUUUUUUUUAGUUUAGGCCUUUGAAAUUGUUAGUCUCUUGUUUUUAACCUUUUUUUUUUUUUCAAAAAUGUCAUAAACUAACGAGCUACGUUGCAACGGCUUAAAAUGUGUUGAGUGAAACGCGCGACGAGCUUUCAUUUCUUCUGCAGUUUUACAUUUCAUUCCUUUAAGGGUGUUAUUUGGGAGAAUGUCCCGGUUUCGGUUGAUACUGCAUAUUUUCCAACACUAUUAAGUGCCUUUUUGUAGUCCUGUAUUUCAGAGGGAAGACGUGCUUUGUGAGCCUCAGCUAAACAUUGUGGCGAGUCGUUGCAUGUGUUCGGGCUCUGGUCUGUCAUGUGAUUUUAAAAACUGUAUUUAAUGCAUAGAAAAUCACAUCCAAUAAAGGUACAAUUGUU